GAGGAGCUUAGCGGUCGGUAACACUGGCGCCGGGCGCGGGUUAUCGCGCGCGUGCGCCAUGCCAACGAUUGUCCGCCGACGCGCAUAAAUAUGUCGCACAGCCCCAGUACGCGCUAGUCUAUAGAGCACGACGAGAUGGUGCGAAGCGCGCUCCGCGGGGACAUCUGCGGCUACUGCAACGCGUGCGUGCGGCUCCGGCUGAGCGCCGCGCGCGGUCGCACCCCCGAGCCGGUGGAAUGCGCCUACAAGCACAUCCUGGAGUCCUACAAGAGCGACGGGGCAGCCGCGGAUAAGGCCCCCGAGAUCCCGAAGCCUAAGUGCGCGUCCUGCCGCUGGACGUCCAACGCCCAGUUUCCCGAGACGCCGACAUCGUCCAGUGAUCUCAGUUUGGAGUGGAAUGAGUCCUCGUACCGGUCCCGAACUCGACGAAGGAAGAGAUAGACGAAGUAUUAGGAGUUUCUGGAAAGUUCUCUGCUCUGCCCGACGUGGUAGCCAGCUCCGCCUAUUGUGACCCGUUACAGAGGGUGUUCUAGUCGAUGGUGUGAUGUACUGUGUGAUGAUUUCGAUAUUUAUUGCUUAAUAUAAAAGAUUAAUUUAUAA